AUGGCAUCCUGGGAACUCCUUGUGGUUGGUGCCUCCUUCGCAGCAUUUCGGGGGCUGCACUGGGGACUGCAGCUGCUGCCCACCCCGGAAACUGCUCGAGACCUUUGGAUGUGGCGGAACAUUUUCGUUUCGCUGAUGCACAGCCUUCUCUCUGGAGCAGGGGCGCUGGUCGGGCUAUGGCUGUAUCCUCAGAUGGUCAUCGACCCGAUUCAUGGCCACCCAUCGUGGGCAGUGGUCCUAGUAGCAGUGUCAGUGGGUUAUUUCCUGGCGGAUGGAGUUGACAUGCUGUGGAAUCAGAACUUGGCCCAGGCCUGGGACCUUCUCUGUCACCAUUUGGUGGUAGUGAGCUGCCUCAGCACUGCGGUUCUGUCUGGCCACUUUGUGGGCUUCGCUGUGGUGUCUCUACUUCUGGAGCUGAACUCCAUCUGUUUGCAUCUGCGGAAACUUCUGCUGCUUUCCCAUAAGGCCUCAUCCUUGGCCUUCAGAGUAAGCAGCUGGGCCACCCUGACCACGCUGGCCCUCUUCCGCCUUCUACCUCUAGGAUGGAUGAGUCUGUGGUUGUUUCGGCAGCGCUACCGGGUGUCUCUUGCUCUGGUCAUCCUUGGUGGAACUGGGCUGGUCACUGUGGGAUCCAUGAGCAUCUCAUUGGGUAUCCGCAUUCUGAUCAGGGAUGUCUUGCAGUCUCGACCUCCCCCGUUUAUCUCUGUGCACAAGGAGACCAAGACAUAUGACGGAGAGACAGUCACCAGGAACAACUCCACUCUCAGUCUGAAAACCUAG